ACCAGGAUUGAAAACUAACAUCACAAAAUGGGUAGAGUUAGAACCAAGACCGUCAAGAGAGCCUCCAAGGUUCUCAUCGAGAAAUACUAUCCAAAAUUGACCUUGGACUUUGAGGUCAACAAGAGAUUGACCAGUGAAAUCGCAGAGAUCCAGUCCAAGAGAUUGAGAAAUAAGAUCGCUGGUUACACCACUCACUUGAUGAAGAGAAUUCAAAAGGGUCCAGUCAGAGGUAUUUCGUUCAAGUUGCAAGAGGAAGAGAGAGAAAGAAAGGACCAAUACGUCCCAGAAGUGUCGGCCUUGGAUUUGAAGAAGAACAAGGGCCAGCUCCACAUCGAUGCCGACACCGACGAAAUGAUCAAAUCCCUUGGUUUCAAGGUUCCAGCCUCCGUGAUCGCUGUGUCUGCUAACAGAGGUCUCAGAAGAUACAGAAAGUAAGCAACACACUUCCUGUUUAAUAUUGUGUAUCUCACAGAAUAAACAACUAUAGCAAAUUAAAGCUCUGUCUCUGGCGAGAGCAGUUUGUUGAACUUGUUUCUCAGACUGAUCACCUUUUCCACGAUUUUCUCGUAAUCCUGGAUCGUUUCUAGCGAUUCAUUGAUCCAUGC